AACGCUGUCAUCACGACAUACUUCCGUGUUGCAUUGACCAAUGGCUACAAAUACAUCAUUGUGUGCAAUAUGUGAACUCCGACAUCUUACAACAAUAACUUACCUCCGUGUAUCGCCAACAUUGACUUAUUUUGUACUUAUCAUAAUGAGAAGUACACGCAAGACUGUUUAAAGCACGAAGUUCCUAUUUGUUACAAAUGUAUAAAGAGCAUGGAGACUCCGGUGGAUUUGAACUUCUUGAAGACCUUGCAGUUGGUGCAAAAUCAGCAGAAAUUUUCCGAGAGAUGGAACACAGCUUGAAGGAUAUAAUGGUAAAUAUCAGUCGAAUCAUAGAGAACAGGGAGUCCAAUAUUAAAACUGUCAAGGAUAAAAAGAAGCAAAUCAUGGAAGAUGUUCGUAGAUUGAAAAUGGAGAUAAAUUUACACCUCGAUAAGAUGCAAGAGGAAUUCUUGAAAGAACUUGACAAGAAAGAAGCGGAAUGUUGUGAAAAGAUCGAAUCAAUUGUGUCCUUUCUCAAUGACCAAGAAAAAGAGAUCGUUCAUUGCAACGCAGAUAUCGAAAACAUGAAAACAUAUGCUUCAGAUUUACAAGCCUUCAUUGGUAUGAGCGAUAUCAAGAACACUAUUACAAAAAGAAAGAAUUGCAUUGAGUCCAUGGUUCAAAAUAAGAAUGUAGAAACAUUCGUCUUGGAUUGUUCUAUCGAUGCAAAGAUACAGGAUUUUAAAAAUAACGUAAAGAAAUUGGGUUCCAUUAUGAUUGAAAGAUGCUCGUCUGAAACCAUCGAAUUAGUCAGGAAGAAAGCUGAAGUAUGUGUAACAGAGGAAAAACAAUCUGUAAACAACAUAAAAUUAAAUUUUAAGCGGGAAAUACAAACUUCAUGCGUUAAAACGAGGGGUGUUGUGUUACGGAAAAUUUUGGAUAUCUUUUUACGGAAUACGAUACCAAUCAGGAGAAACUUGUAGGAUUGA